CACUAAUGAGGGUGCUUUCCAGGUUCUGGGGCUCAUGAUCCCUAGAAUAUGUUCAUUGAGAGAGGAAGAUAUAAAGUAACAGAGUACCCUGGAUACCUCUAGGGCAGCAGAGAGUCCAUGGUCAUUGUUAAGGAGGAUAGCGUCACCAACAGGAGGGCCUGAGGGUGGGGUGGGGCCUGGGUCUCCAGGCAGAGAAGGAUACUCCGAAGACGGAAGGCCACUGGAUAUGGGACCUGAAGAGGGCCCUUGUCAUAUAGCAUUGCUAGGAUGCGAGGCGCAUAAGAAGAGAAGAUCUGCCUAUGCCAAACCUCCCACCACUCUCUAACUUGGUCAGAAGCCAAGUCUACUCUGCAAAAGAACAAAUGAUGUCAGCAGCUUUAGCUCAGUCCUGCUCUGCAGCCCCUGCCUGCCACUACCUCCUGUGCCCUACUUGGUCUUUACUGCAGAGACCCAGCCCUACGGAGCCAACACCUGUUCUGGGGAAGGCAGAGCUGGACCGAAGUUCAACUCAUCCAGUCCUGUCAGGCCAGUACUUUCGCCUGUCUUGGCUCCUCCCUUCUCUACCUUCUCCUUUUCUCUUCUCCCUAUUCCUUGCUGAGCUGCUUGAGUCCCAUCUCAAUCCCUACCACUACCCUGCUAGUCCUACGAAACAGCUUCUGCACUCCUUAGAAACCCUGUCCACAGCAGCCUCCCUGUUCCAGCCAUGAAACCUCCCUCCGGACUGGAGGAGGCCCAGCGGCGACAGGCCUCAGACAUCCGGGUGUUCGCCAGCAGCUGCACGAUGCAUGGUCUGGGCCACAUCUUUGGCCCUGGAGGCCUGACCCUGCGCCGGGGGCUGUGGGCCACAGCUGUGCUCCUGUCUCUGGCAGCCUUCCUCUACCAGGUGGCUGAGCGGGUUCGAUACUAUGGGGAGUUCCACCAUAAGACCACCCUGGAUGAGCGCGAGAGCCACCAGCUUACCUUCCCAGCUGUAACUCUAUGUAAUAUCAAUCCACUGCGCCGCUCACGCCUCACACCCAAUGACUUGCACUGGGCUGGAACAGCGCUGCUGGGCCUGGACCCUGCCGAACAUGCUGCCUACCUUCGUGCCCUUGGCCAGCCCCCUGCACCACCAGGCUUCAUGCCCAGUCCGACUUUUGACAUGGCACAACUCUACGCCAGAGCCGGCCACUCCCUUGAGGACAUGUUGCUGGAUUGCCGAUACCGUGGCCAGCCCUGUGGGCCUGAGAACUUCACAGUGAUCUUCACUCGAAUGGGGCAAUGCUACACCUUCAACUCUGGUGCCCAUGGGGCAGAACUGCUCACCACUCCAAAGGGUGGUGCUGGCAAUGGAUUGGAGAUUAUGCUGGAUGUACAGCAAGAGGAGUAUCUGCCCAUCUGGAAGGACAUGGAAGAGACCCCGUUUGAGGUGGGGAUCCGAGUGCAGAUCCACAGCCAGGAGGAGCCCCCUGCUAUUGACCAGCUGGGCUUCGGGGCAGCCCCAGGCCACCAGACUUUUGUGUCCUGCCAGCAGCAGCAACUGAGUUUCCUGCCACCACCCUGGGGUGACUGCAAUACCGCAUCUGUGGAUCCCGACUUUGAUCCAGAGCCCUCUGAUCCCCUGGGUUCCCCUAGCCCCAACCCUCCUUAUAGUUUAAUAGGGUGUCGCCUGGCCUGUGAGUCCCGCUAUGUGGCUCGGAAGUGCGGAUGUCGAAUGAUGCAUAUGCCUGGAAACUCCCCAGUGUGCAGCCCCCAGCAGUACAAGGAAUGCGCCAGCCCAGCUCUGGACGCUAUGCUGCGAAAGGACACGUGUGUCUGUCCCAACCCGUGCGCCACUACACGCUAUGCCAAGGAGCUCUCCAUGGUGCGGAUUCCCAGCCGCGCUUCAGCUCGCUACCUGGCCCGGAAAUACAACCGUAGCGAGACCUACAUCACGGAGAAUGUACUGGUUCUGGAUAUCUUCUUUGAGGCCCUCAACUAUGAGGCAGUGGAACAAAAGGCAGCUUAUGAAGUGUCGGAGCUGCUGGGAGACAUUGGGGGACAGAUGGGACUGUUUAUUGGAGCCAGCCUGCUUACCAUCCUUGAGAUCCUCGACUAUCUCUGUGAGGUUUUUCAAGACAGAGUCCUAGGGUACUUCUGGAACAGAAGGAGCUCUCAGAGGCGCUCUGGCAACACUCUGCUCCAGGAAGAGCUGAACAGCCAUCGAACACAUGUUCCCCAUCUCAGCCUAGGCCCCAGGCCUCCUACCACUCCCUGUGCUGUCACCAAGACACUCUCUGCCUCCCACCGUUCCUGUUACCUCGUCACAAGGCUCUAGAGCUGCUUGGCCGCACCGUGAUAUCUUGGACAUGUCCAGCCUGUACGUCUUUGCCACCUUCAUCCUAAUAAAGCUCUAGUGCAUGGGC